ACAGCUCCUGGGACCAGUGCUUGUACUGGAUCCGGGCUGGCGUGGCUUGCCUCCCCUCUCCCACCACCAGCAUCCCUUUUCCUGGGGCUCAGGAAGGCAGCGGUGGGACCCUCCGCAGCUGGAAGAAGAAGAAGAAUUGAAAGCAUGGCAGACAAGAGGUUAUGAUCCUCGCUGCCUUAUCUCUGCCCGGAGAAAGCAAAGUGGUGGCACAGACGGCCAUAAAGCCCAAAGCCCUGCUGGGCGAGAGACGAAUUAAUCAGGAUUGAGACCCAGCCUUUCCGGUGACCAUGAUGAUGCAGAUGUUGGCCCUCCUCCUCCUCUUCGUCAUCUUCCGGUUCUUCCUGGGCCUCCCUUGGAUCCAGUUGAUCCCCGCCCUUUUAAUAUUCUACUUGGGGUCUGGAGGCUGGAAUUUCCUUCGUAUCUUCUUCAAGACAAUCAAACGGGAUGUGAUGGCUGGUCAGGCUGUCCUGUGGACCCGUUUCAGGAUCUGGUGGUACACCAAACAGAGAUACACCAUCCCACGGGUGUUUCAGCAGACAGUAAGCAAACACCCGGAGAAGGUGGCCCUCAUUUUCCAGGGAACGGGGGAGACCUGGACCUUCCGGCAGUUGGACGAUUACUCUAACAAGGUGGCCCACGCCCUGUACGAGCAAGGUUUCCGCUCCGGGGACGUGAUCGCCGUCUUCAUGGAGUCCCGCAACCAGUACGUGGGGCUCUGGCUCGGCAUGGCCAAGAUUGGGGUGGAGGCGGCCCUUCUGAACUCCAACGUGCGGCAGGAGUCUCUGCAGUACUGCAUCGGCAUCUCCCAAGCGAAGGCGGUGGUGUUUGGCAGCGAACUGGCCGAAGCCUUGCGGGAAGUUGAAUCUUCACUUGUCAAAGGCCUCCGUUUCUUCUGCUUUGGGGAGUGGAAAGCAGACAGCUUCCCAGCCGGUUCUGAACAUCUGGAUCCCUUGAUUGAAAAGGCGCCUUCCCACUCACCCGAUCCACCAGACAAGGGAUUCCAGGAUAAAUUGUUUUAUAUUUACACUUCUGGCACCACGGGGUUACCGAAGGCUGCGAUCAUCGUGCACAGCAGGUAUUUCCGUAUGGCGUCCCUGGUCUAUUACGGCUUCCGUCUGAAGCCUGACGACGUAGUUUAUGACUGUCUCCCACUGUACCACUCGGCAGGUACCGUAGUUGGAAUGGGCCAAUGCCUCCUUUACGGAAUGACGGUGGUGAUCCGGAGAAAGUUCUCAGCCUCUCAGUUCUGGGAAGACUGUGUGAAAUACAACUGUACGGUGGUUCAGUAUAUCGGGGAGAUUUGCCGAUACCUCUUGAACCAGCCGCACCACGAACUGGAGCGGAAGCAUCGUGUGCGGGUGGCCUUGGGGAACGGCCUGAGGGUCUCCAUUUGGAAGGAGUUCAUGGAACGCUUUGGGAUCUCACAGAUCGCCGAGUUUUACGGGGCCACGGAAUGCAACUGUAGCGUGGGCAACUUCGACAACAAGUUUGGGGCUUGUGGUUUCAAUAGCAGGAUCUUUCCCAACGUUCAUCCGGUCAAGCUCGUCCGAGUCAACGAGGACACCAUGGAGCUAGUCCGGGGACCGGACGGCCUCUGCAUCCUGUGUAAACCAGGAGAGCCAGGUCAGCUGGUCGGACGCAUCAAGCAAAACGACCCCAUGCAACGUUUUGAUGGCUACUUGAACCACGACGCCAACGCUAAGAAGAUCGCCCGCGACAUCUUCACCCACGGCGACUCUGCUUACCUCACAGGGGACGUCCUCGUGAUGGACGAACUGGGCUACCUGUACUUCCGGGACCGCACAGGAGAUACGUUUCGCUGGAAGGGUGAGAACGUUUCCACGACGGAAGUAGAGGGGACGCUCAGUCGGAUCCUGAACAUGACUGACGUCAUUGUCUACGGUGUGGACGUCCCAGGGACAGAAGGGAAGGCGGGCAUGGCUGCGAUCGUUGACCCCCACCGUUCCUGUGACCUGGAGGCCUUUACGGAGAACAUGAAGAAGGCGCUGCCUGCGUACGCCCGUCCCAUUUUCUUGCGGCUGCUGUCACAAGUCAGCACGACCAGCACCUUCAAAUUCCAGAAAGGGGACCUCCGGAAGGAAGGAUACGACCCCAACGUGGUGAAGGACCCGAUGUAUUUCCUGGAGCCCCAGCAGGGCCGGUAUUUGCCGCUCACCAAGGAGAUCUUCCAGAAGAUCCAGUCGGGCCAGGCCAAACUGUAGAAGAAGACCAUCUCCGAGGCCUUGGCGGCCUCCAUCUUAGGGUUGGCAAUAGGAAAUUGGGAAGAAGCCGGCGACGCUUGGAGGUGGACCAAAAAGGGACCGUUGGUUCGGGUGGGGUGGAUGCUUUUUUGUUUUCGGGUUGUUUGCUUUAAUUUUAUCAAGUUUACAGAGGACAGACGUAGGUGGGUGUUUUUUUUCAGUGUUUGGGGGGGGCAUUGGCAGGUGAGGGAGAUGUCUUCAUACCAAAGCAUAGAAAGAUGUUGGCUUUAUAUUCUGCUUUACGGAAAAGAGGGCCAUGCCUCUUGAUUCCACCCCAGCUGGGUUCAACAAGGGCAGGUGUUCUACAAAAUUCAAAGCUGGACUUUUUUUUUCUUUUUGCACACACACACACACACACCGGCUCCUUAUUUUGGCUUUCUUUUCCUUUUUCCACCUCUUGCCCACUGCCAAAAACCCGCAAAGACCGGCAAGGGCUGCACUGCGUCCUCACGCCUUUAGGGGGCGCCGUGGUGCUUUCUGUCCCAUUUGGGGGGCAGUCGCAUCCCCCACCCCGUUGUCUUGAGUUCUAUUUAACCAACUGGCUUCCAAUGUCCAUCCUCGGGCGGGGGAAAAACAGAAAGCAAGGACGACAGAAAAAAUGUAAUUUUUUUCAUUCCCCCUUUCUUCUUUAAUCAGGAGAGAUUGUCUCUUUCUUUAUGGCUGCUAAAAACGACAUCCCUGAAACGUGCAAAGCGUGCAAAGAGGGAUGACGGCAAUGCUGGGCAGUGGGGAGGGGGAACGUCUCUCUCUCUCUGCCGUGACACAGCUUUUUUUUCCAGGGAAACCAUUCUUUUCUACUUGCAUUAACAGGACAUUUAUUUGUGUUUGUAUGUGAGGUUUUUCUUGUUGUUGUAAUUUAUUACAUUUUUUUUUUCCAAAAAACGGAGGAGAAGAGAAUCGGCUGCAAAUGUUGCUUUUCGUUCUCCGCCACGAGAUGGCCUGAGUUUCUUCGUUCUGUACGUUCAUCCCUCUGACAGCGCUGUAUUUUGUAUCUUGUAGAAAUGCGUCUGCCUUCAUGUCCUUUCAGAGAGGAUGAGAGGGAUAAAUCUUUUUUCAAAAAAAAGAUCAGAUCAGAUUGCCCUUAUUAAGAAACUGAUCAGACGGCCAGUUUCUUAAUAAGGGCAAUCCCCGGUUGUGUCCUGGUGGGUACCACGUUGCCUUCCAAAGGUUCUUACCUGGUGCUUACGCCUCCUUGCUUUUUUUUCCAGGAGAGGGAGGAUCUGUGCAUGCAUUGUGGCAACUCGGCUCUUAAAUAACCAGCAGCAAACGUUCAGGGCAUGUCCCUUGUUUGACUUUCCUGCAGUCUCAGAAAGCACAGCACAACACAAAUGUGGGUGCACCCUAUAGCUGGACCCUCUAGGGGGCAGGCACAUGAUGCGUGCAUAGGAGUGCUUUACCAUAGUCACUUCUUAGAAAAGCAGAUUUUGCAUGGGAUGUGUGGACUGACAGCGUUAGAUACACGGGAGAUGGUGGCGGAGAAUUGAAUUGCUCCUCAGCUCAGCUGAAAAAAAGAAAAGCUGGUCUUGAGAUGUAGCCCAGUUUCUUAUGUAGGUGUAGAGGUUAAACUGCAGUAUUGCAAGCAAGACUCUGCUUGCAACCUGAAUUCGAUUCCAGAGGGCUCAGGUAGACGGCUCAAGGUUGACUCAGCCUGCUAUCCUUCCAAGGUCAGUAAACUGAGUACCCAGCUUGGGGG